UAUGUAUAUAAACCUACAGUCAGAUAUUGUUAUCGUUCGUCUUCACUUCACAGCCGAAAAUUUUUACUCACCGAGUCACAACCAACAUCAAGAGAAGAAAAACUCAGAAGAUUUUCCAUGGAUUCCGAUUACGGGAUUCCUCGAGAACUCUCCGAUAUUCAGGAACUCAGGUCGCAUUACGAGCCAGAACUCCCUCCUUGCCUUCAGGGAACCACCGUCCGUGUGGAGUUUGGUGAUGCGACGACGGUUGCAGAAGUCGACAGUGCUCAUAUCAUUGCUCGAGCCUUCCCAAACACUUACGGACAGCGUCUGGUCCACUUUCUUAGAGCAACUGCUAAAGUUCCUGGUGCACAGAUCAUAACUGAGCAUCAGGCUAUUCGAGUUGGAUUCUUAUUCUGUGGAAGACAAUCUCCUGGUGGACAUAAUGUGAUCUGGGGCCUGUAUGAUGCUCUUAAGAUUCACAACCCACAAAGCACCUUGCUAGGAUUUUUGGGUGGAUCAGAAGGUUUGUUUGCACAGAAAACCCUUGAAAUCACUGAUGACAUACUCAGAACCUACAAAAACCAAGGGGGCUAUGAUUUGCUUGGACGGACAAAAGAUCAAAUCCGAACCACUGAGCAAGUUGAUGCUGCGCUUGAAGCAUGCAGGGAGUUAAAACUGGAUGGCCUUGUUAUUGUUGGAGGUGUAACAUCAAACACGGACGCUGCUCAGCUGGCCGAGACAUUUGCUAGAGCAAAAUGCCCAACAAAGGUGGUUGGUGUACCCGUCACGUUGAACGGAGACCUCAAGAAUCAAUUCGUAGAGACCAAUGUUGGCUUUGAUACAAUAUGCAAGGUCAAUUCCCAGCUCAUCAGCAAUGUCUGCACUGAUGCUCUCUCUGCUGAGAAGUAUUAUUACUUCAUUCGUCUUAUGGGUAGGAAAGCUUCACAUGUUGCCCUUGAGUGCACACUUCAAUCUCAUCCCAACAUGGUAAUAUUGGGCGAGGAGGUUGUAGCAUCAAAGCUUACUCUUUUUGACAUCACAAAACAAAUCUGUGAUGCUGUUCAAGCAAGAGCAGAACAAGGUAAGAAUCAUGGCGUCGUUCUAAUUCCAGAAGGGCUCAUAGAAAGCAUUCCAGAAGUAUACGCGUUGUUAAAGGAAAUUCAUGGACUGUUCAGGGAAGGUAUCUCUGCCGAUAAGAUUUCUUCCCAGCUUUCUCCUUGGGCGUCUGCGUUAUUCGAAUUUUUGCCGUCAUUCAUUAAGAAACAGCUUCUCCUAUAUCCCGAGUCUGAUGAUUCUGCACAGCUAUCCCAGAUCGAGACAGAGAAGCUUCUAGCCAAUCUUGUGGAAACGGAAGUAACUAGACGUCUGAGGGAAGGCACAUACAUGGGCAAGAAGUUCAAUGCGAUUUGCCAUUUCUUCGGCUACCAGGCUCGUGGAUCUCUAGCAUCAAAGUUUGACUGUGAUUAUGCAUAUGUUCUCGGUCAUAUAUGUCGUCAUAUAUUGGCGGCUGGUCUCAGUGGCUACAUGGCAACCAUAACUAACUUGAAGAACCCUAUCAACAAAUGGCGAUGCGGUGCUACACCAAUCACAGCAAUGAUGAGCGUGAAGCGUUGGUCGCCGAACCCAGGCGCCAUUUCUAUGGGUAAACCCACGAUUCAUCCAGCAACAGUUGAUCUGAAAGGCAAAGCAUACGAGCUAUUGAGACAAAACGCUCAGAAGUGUCUAAUGGAGGAUGUGUACAGAAACCCUGGACCCCUUCAGUUCGAUGGUCCAGGCGCUGAUGCCAAAUCCAUAACCUUGUGCGUCGAGGACCAAGACUACAUGGGUCGUAUCAAGAAACUCCAAGAAUAUCUUGAUCGGGUUCGGACAAUAGUGAAACCGGGAUGCUCACAGGACGUCGUGAAAGCGGCGCUGAGCAUUAUGGCCUCGGUGACUGACGUUCUCUCGGUUAUGUCUUCGACUUCGAACUCCAAUCCAUAGUCUCUUUAAGCUUGGUUGGUGCAUUUGAACUUGGGAUCUUGUGGAUAUAGUAGUCUUUGUAAGAAGCAAGUUGAGUUGCCCGCUUUGGGUUGUGUAUAAAAUUAUAUGCGGUAGUCUUUGUAAGAAGCAAGUUGAGUUGCCCGCUUUGGGUUGUGUAUAAAAUUAUAUGCGUUUUACUGUUUUU